GUAUAGCGUCCCCGUUUAUUUUUGCCUAUGUUCAUAACUAGAAAUAAGCACUGCGCAUAUAUUUAUUUGUUCGUAUGCCGCUAACAAAAUGGACUUCGUGAACAUUAAUGAAUUCAACGACGUCGAGUUAGCGUCCCGCAUGCGCGACUGCAAUUUUGAAAAGUUUAAGUCUCUUGUCCGUAUGCACUUAUCUUUUGAACUUGAGCUGAACACAGAUGAAUUUGACUUAGAUACUCCCUGCCACGAAAUUGUGUACGAGGACAAGGGCAAACUAAAGAAGUGGAAUCGAUUACCAAAGAAACAUAGAUUGGGGCAUAGCGGAUCAAUCGGUGUGCCCACAGCAUGCGCAAGCAGAAAUAGUCCUUCAGAAUGCCUUCAGAAGCCAAUAAACCCAGGUUUUCAAAUGCACCUUCAAGAGCUUAAAGAGUUUCUGAUGUUGGAAAAAAAUCUCAUACAGGAGGGACUAUUUCGCAAAACAGGAUCUGUCUCGCGCCAAAAUGAGCUACGUGUGAAUUUACAACACGAAAAGUCCCUCCACCUAGGGCGGUCGGGCUUUUCGGCCCACGAUUGUGCCACGGUUUUUAAAAGCUUUUUGUCUGAGCUACCGGAACCAUUGCUUACGGAUGCGCACUAUCCUAUCCACUUACAAAUAGCGCCGAUGUGCCAGGCCUUGGCAACUAGAGCCACAUUUGAAAACCAACAGCAUCUUCUAAGCUCAAUUCAAUUGCUCAUGCUUCUGCUUCCUGAGGAUAAUAGAGUACUACUGCAUCAUAUAAUCGAAAUGCUACACGCCGUAGCACAACAUGAGAGUGUUAACAAAAUGUCCGCCGGUAACCUGGCCACACUGUUUACGCCUCAUCUUAUUUGUCCACGCAAUCUACCGCCCGAAGUUCUUCAUUACACGGCAAAGCAAAUGAGUAGCAUCAUUACGUAUAUGAUUUUGCGUGGCUUAGAGAUUUUCGCCGUGCCUACCAAAUUGGCAACGGACAUACGCGCUUAUUUCCUUGAGCGCAAACGUAAAAAAACCAUGUCGCCAGAACAAAUGCUCGAUGAAUCAGUUUCGGAUAUUUCGACAGUUGAGACCGUAUUCACUUUUGUUGAUAGAGCUGCCACAGCUGCAGUCACAAACACAAACACCACAACAGAGCUUGCGCAGCUUUAUGCUCAUAUACAGAGUAUGCCUGAAUCAUCGAAAAAGCGGCGUCUUAUCAAACAAUUCAACAAGCAAAAUGGCCAGGGCACACCCUUGCAGUUGGUGGUCAUGAAUCGCCUUAAAAACAACGAAGCCACACGAGGUGCGAAAUCCUUGGGUGACUCCAUUAAAAAGCACAUUUUUCACAAGGGUAUUAUGUCUCGCACACCCAAACGAGCGCCUGCUGUUCUUUCUAUUGGUACAGAAACGCCUAAUCUUUCAGAAGUUAAGCAACCAAAAUUGCGUGUUCUUUUUCAAAGUCCCACAACCGUCAGUGUCGCCUGUUCGUCCUCAACUACAACAUCAGCAGCCAUAAGCACUAACCCAUUGCAUCCGCUUCAGAAAUCAAUUUCAUCCACAUCACUUGAAACCAAUUUCACUUCAUCAAGCAGUAGUUAUAGUGGCAGAAAUGCAUCAGCUCUUAUUAGUCGGCAACAGUCAAACGUACUCUCUGCUGUAUCUGUGGAGGAAUCUGACGAAAACACAUCGCUAAAACUCAUAACAACAGCAGAUAAGCAGCUGACUCGUAUAACAGAAAAAAAAUCCGUGGUCUGGGGUGAACAUCAUUUACUUGAUGUUGGAAAAUACAAUAGUCCACGCGCACCAGCACAGAAAACGUCAAUUUUCAAAUCCGAACCAAAUCUUUCCAAUAUGUUGCCGCAGGUUUUACCGGACCAUAAUGGACUGACGCCAAUAGUCGAAAUGAAAUCACUAACGCGUAAAAUCAUGAAAGGUGUCAGCAUGGGCAAUCUUCGCAUACCUUUCAGCACACCGGAGACCAGUAAGCGUUUGGUGCGUAGCGUUUCGGCAUCUCUAAAACUACGUUCCGAUACCACAAAUCAGAUGGUAGCAGCAGGUAGUUAUGCCGACAUCCCGCUGCUUGAGGAUAUCGACAAUAACGAAAUUGAAUUGGAGACAGAGUCUGAAGAAAUUGAUGAAGACAGUGACGACGAUAAUGGAGAAUCUGGGUUGGAAGGAAGUGGCACUUCCAACGACCUGCCUAUGUCCAUGAGUGUUGGUUACGAACAACUGGUACACAACAGCGAGAACCACAAUAUGGACCUAAUUACUAGUACCCCAGCGAUCUUACGACGAUCCAUGUCUCCCAUAACAAAGUCGACACAACGUAUGUCAAAGGCCAUGCAGGAGUCUAUUAUGACACCACGGUCGCGUAAGCCUGUCAUAGUAUUCAACGGAAUGGGAAACGUAGAUGCCACUCAAACACAUGCUGCACGAAACAUCUUGAGUCUAUCGGAUAAAGAAAAAAAAGAUCCAUUGGAUAGGAUAGUUUGUAAACUGGAAUCGCCGCUUUUUCACAGCAAAGAUACCAUGUCAGUGAGCGGUUAUGUCGAUUUAUUAAGAAGUCGGCGUUGCAUCGGUACUACCAAUGAAUUGCAAGAGCAUAUAAGCGGCCCUAACGAUGAUACACGCAUUGGAUACAAAGCUAGCGAUAUUGAAUGCGAUUCGCUUUCUAAUGAUUUCAAGGAAUAUUUGCUUGCACGUAGUUUGCUCACGAACAGUCCAGGGGAUCUUUCGUUUGCUAGUCGCUCGGAUGAUUUUGGUCCUACAACUCAUGACAUUGAUGACUUCGACGAAUCAGAAUUUAGCCCCAGCUUAUUGUAUUGCUUGGAUGGGAACGAGCCAACAAACACUGUGGCUUUAGGUGAUGCUAACGUCCAAGCUUUGCCUCCCGGCAGCACAAACACAGCACGCAAACGCGGAGCUUGUUCCUCACUCAAAACCCCCAUUCAUAAAUACGAGGAUACUCAACAAGAUCGCCUAGAUGAACAUGUAUGCACAAAAAAGUUACUGAUUGUUUCUCAAGAGUUGGGCCCUGGGGAAACUGCACUUUAACUGCGAGAACAUGAACAUUACAUAACGUUAAAACCGUUGUACGGUUUUAGAAGCUUACAUUUUAAAGUAAACUGCUUCCGUUGAAUUUUUUGAAAUUACUUCAAAUAAUAAAUCAUCCUUUACAUUAGCUAA